GAUAAAAUGAGAAACCUUUUCAGAAAAUGUUUGGAUAAAGGAUAAAGAUGGCGACAAGAAGGAGAUCCUGUAGUCUCGAGAAUGAUCCUGAGGUUGCGAAGAGAGAUCUACCUGCCCGACGCACUAGGCCGGUUAGUCUGGUGAGAACCAUGUCUGGGAAUAUUGACAACCAGCUGGCAGGACAAAUAUUUGAUCAUUUUUGCGGGGCCAGCACUCUCAAAUCUAUUCUCAGAUCAUUCAGAUAUUUGUGUGAUGUAAUUCGGCUGAAACCUAACCAGCUUCCAUACUUCUAUCCUAAGCUUAAGGCAAACUUGUUGAGUUGGAAGGCUCAGGCGCUGUGGGCAAAACUGGAUAAAAGAGCAUCACAAAAAUGCUACAAUCGGGGUAAAGCCUGUGCUGGGACUAGAGUUCUUAUAAUAGGAGCUGGACCUUGUGGUCUCAGGACGGCAAUAGAAGCACAGUUGCUGGGUGCCAAAGUGGUUGUAGUUGAGAAAAGAGACAGAUAUUCAAGGAAUAAUGUGCUGCAUCUCUGGCCCUACAAUAUCCAGGAUUUAAGAGCUCUUGGAGCAAAAAAGUUUUACGGAAAGUUCUGUGCUGGUUCCAUUGAUCAUAUCUCAAUCAGACAACUUCAGUGUAUUUUACUCAAAGUAUCACUUCUCCUUGGGGUUGAAGUGUUUGAAGGAGUUGGGUUCGAGUCCCUUGUAGAACCUACUGAUCAGGACACUGGAUGGAGAGCUAGGGUUGACCCAGUUGAACAUCCUGUCAGUCAGUAUGAAUUUGACGUUCUUAUCGGAGCUGACGGGAAACGGAAUACGCUUGCAGGAUUUAAGCGCAAGGAGUUCAGAGGAAAGCUGGCUAUUGCCAUCACAGCUAAUUUCAUCAAUAAACAUUCAGAGGCUGAAGGCAGGGUCGAAGAAAUAUCAGGAGUUGCGUUUAUCUUCAACCAGAAGUUCUUCAAUGAUCUGAACGCUGCAUGCGGAAUUAGCUUAGAGAAUAUUGUCUACUACAAAGAUGAGACACACUAUUUUGUUAUGACUGCUAAGAAGCAAUCUCUACUUGCUAAGGGAGUACUAGUGGCCAACCAUGCUGACCCCUCUGCCCUUUUAGCUCAAAACAAUAUCUGCCAGGAAGCAUUGUUCCAAUAUGCUAGAGAAGCAGCAGAUUUUGCUACUAAGGGACAGUUACCUCAUCUAGACUUUGCCGUGAACCAUUACGGGAAACCGGAUGUUGCCAUGUUUGACUUUACAUCAAUGUAUGCUGCAGAUCAUUCAGCCAGAGUUACUGAGAGGCAUGGACACAGACUUCUUCAAUGUUUAGUUGGUGACUCUCUUCUUGAACCUUUUUGGCCUACAGGUACUGGCUGUCCCCGAGGUUUCUUCAGUGCUAUGGAUGCAAUGUGGUUGAUGAAACAAAUGGACUCUGGUAAAAUGUCCAUUCUGGAAUGUCUUGCUGAGAGGGAGUCCAUCAACAGGAUUCUCAGUCAAACAACACCAGAGAAUACUUGUAAGAACUUCAACCUCGUUUCUAUUGAUCCUUCAACACGAUAUCCAACCCUUAACCUUAAACUGGUUCUUCCCUUUCAGGUGACCCAUCUGGUGGAUACGGAUAAUCCCAGUCAUCUCCAACCCCAGAAUGUAUUGCAGGAUUCAGCGCCAAGGAAGAAACGGAGGAAGGAUUCUCAUGUUUCUCCAACUAAUCUGCUAUCCUGGAUACAAAAACAAGUUGAACCCUACAAUAUCCAGGUUCUUGAGAUGAACACGUGCUUCAGAAAUGAUCUAGUUCUUUGUGCAAUUAUAAACAGAUACCGGCCUGACCUGCUCCCCUGGGAGUCCCUGGACCCUGAGUGUGCAGAGGACAACCUCCAGCUAGGUUUUGAUAUUCUUGAGGCUGAGCUCGGCCUCCAACCUGUUAUAACGGCUAGUGAGAUAAUGGAAAAUAGUGGCACUCUGGAUCCAUUAGCAGUAAUCUCUUAUCUAACAGGAGUUUACGAACUGUUUAGACGAGAAAUCCCGCACACCCAGCAAACUGGAGGGGUUCAACUUGAUGAUCUAGAUGAUAGUGUUUAUUGUCAUAAUCACAGGGAGAGGGUUGGACGUGAGGAAAGAAGAAGGUUACCAGAAGAAAGCAUCACAAUCGGUCAGCUGGUGGCUAACGAUGCAAGAAGGAGUAAGCGAGGCAGCUUGGAGGAAUUGGAUGAUGAGGAGGGAAAGGGAUUGAAAGGAGACGUGAGAAGAGUGUCGAACAAAAAAAGAUUAGCUAAGCUGAUGGAACGAUCAGCUGUGCAGGAAAGGAAACGAAACGAUGAGAUGAAAAAACUAGAGCCUUCUGACAUUAGGCGAGAAGAGAAUUUUAGAAAAAUCCAGGAAAUGAUGGCAGGGGAACGACGAAGGGAAGAGGGGAAACAAAGAGACAAGAAACCUAUGGAUCUGGGUCGGGCAAUUGGACGCUUAGAUAGUGAGGAUUGGGCCAUCAAGCAGAUAGAGGAGAAGAUGAAGGAGACCAAGAGGAAGGAGAAGGAGGGACGGAAGGAGAAGGUUCCGAAGUGGAGCAAAGAAGCAUUCAAUGAUAAACUGAAGAAGGUUAAAUGCACACUGGAGAACGGAACAGAUUUAAGGAAAAAAUAUGAUAAAGAAUCUAGUUUAUCCCGCCUGAAGCGAACCUUAAAGGAGGGUUCCAAUUUAGAAACAGGAGAGAGAGGUUCAAAUAAGGUGUCUGCCCUAGUAGGAGAGCUAGCCAGUAAACUAGACAAUAAUAAGGAGCGUCCGGAGCUAAAACGGGAACCAAGUAACGUAUGGCAACCUCCAAAGAAUAAGAGCUCAAGGACAAGUGAUAAUUGUCAUUUCUGUCAACAAAAGGUGUAUGUUGUGGAGCGAAUGUCUGCUGAAGGAAAAUUCUUUCAUCGUGCCUGCUUCAGAUGUGAUUAUUGUAGCAUUCUACUUAGAUUAGGUUCCUAUGUAUACCACCGUGAAGGAAGAUUUGCCACUAAAUUCUUCUGUAUUCCUCAUUCUACAGAGAACGCCUUGGAGAAAUAUAAAUAUAAGAAGAAGGCUGAUGAGAUUAAAGCCGGGAAGGAUAAGAGGAAGGUUGUGGCAGAACUAAUAAAUGAAAAGAAACCUUUAUCUCCGAUUCGAAGGGAACGAAUCUUAGAUAUUGACAGAGGUGGUACCCCGGAGCGUGCUGAAUUCGAAGCGUCUCUAAACCCAGCUGAAGAGGAGGGGAGGAUUAUGGACGAGGAUGAAUGGACAGAUCUAAACUUUGGAAACUCUACAAACUGUGCAAACACUAGCGAGGAUAGUGUUAUAUUUGUUAAGUAA